ACCUAAUCAUUCAAUUUUCCGUCAGGUGGAAUACACAUCAUUUAAUUUAUUUAUUAUUUUUAUCACAUACAUACAUACAUACAUAUAGUUAAAUUUGUAAAAGAAAAAUUUUAACGAUGGACAAACUUCGGCUUAUUGAACUUUGGGCCGCAGAAAAAACACGACCAUUUAGAUAUGCUCCAGAGCAAUUAAUUGAAUUAUAUUUAAAUGGAUUUCUAGGCAAUUUAACAGCCGAUUUUUAUCUUAAUCCGCUCGAGAUAAGCCUAAGACGCUUUCCAAAUUUCAAUGAGCAUUCUAGUCCAUUGGCAAAAUUGUAUAAAAAUCGCAAUAUAUUUGGAACUACUAUGCGUAUUAAGGAAAAUGGCUUUACAAAACUUUAUGGCGAGCUGUUAGCCAAAUAUAUAACUAUGGAUGGAUUAAAUAUGGACUCGCAAAAUUAUAAACGUGAUAAAUUUACUGUAAUCGAUGCUAAUGGCAAGAUGCAAUCAAGAUUAUAUCAAAAUUUAUCAGUUGGCUUUAUAAGUAAAGCCACAUUGACCGUGGUCAAUCGUACACCCAUCGAGAUGUUUAAAUUACGAAUCCAGAAUGAAAAACAACGUCUUAAACUUGGCUUAGCCACGGGCGCUGUGCAGCGUUUGAAGAAUCUUUUUGGCAAAGGAGCUGCUUCAAAAUAUUUUCGUCUACGAUUUUGGUAAAUCUUAUGUAAUGAAUGAAUAUGUUUUAUCCCUUUGGCAAUUGGAGCCCUCCGUAAGCAUUUAGAGGAUUAUUUACAGUGGAAGUAAGGCUAUUGGAGACGCGAUUUAUAGAACUUGUGAAGCCUCAAAAGCCUGUAUCUCACAAGUGCCUUUCAAUAAAAGAAUUGUUCCAAAAUAUCGCCCAAACAACAACAAAUAAAAAUCAGCAACGAAAUAACGUUAAAGUGCAAUGCACUCACGAGCCGAGUACAUUGGCCCCAAAUGGUAGACCUGAUAUCUUACGCUCGCACAGACACACACACACAGAGAGAAAGACUUGGACACUUUUAGCUCAUGUUCGUUCUCCUCUUCAGACACACAAACACACACACUCAAUCACUCAACAAGCUGUACGACCUUCUGCUCUUGCCCUACAUAUUGCCAUCUCGUUUUCGCAGCGACAACGUCGUAUCAACUAUCUAUAAGAUACUGUGCGCCUGAUAAAUUAACAUCGCAUGACGCAAACUCCACCGAGAA